CAGAGAGCACAGGUGCAGCAGGUGGCUACCCGAACCCAGCCCCAGCAUGAGUUCCUUCGACCUCCCGGCACCCUCGCCACCGCGAUGCAGCCCCCAGUUCCCCAGCAUCGGCCAGGAGCCCCCCGAGAUGAAUCUAUACUAUGAGAACUUCUUCCACACCCAGGGCAUGCCCAGCCCUCAGCGCCCCCCCUCCUUCGAGGGUGGUGGAGAGUACGGGGCCACCCCUAAUCCCUACCUCUGGCUCAAUGGGCCAGCCAUGACCCCACCACCCUACUUGCCUGGCACCAAUGCCAGCCCCUUCCUGCCCCAGGCCUAUGGCAUGCAAAGGCAGCUACUGUCCAGCGACCUGGGCUGGCUACCUAUCCCGUCUCAGGAGGAGCUCAUGAAGCUGGUGCGCCCACCAUAUUCCUACUCAGCCCUCAUUGCCAUGGCCAUCCAUGGUGCGCCUGACCAGCGCCUCACGCUGAGCCAGAUCUACCAGUACGUGGCCGACAACUUCCCCUUUUACAACAAGAGCAAGGCUGGCUGGCAGAACUCCAUCCGACACAACCUGUCUCUCAACGACUGCUUCAAGAAGGUGCCCCGCGACGAGGACGACCCAGGCAAAGGGAACUACUGGACUCUGGAUCCCAACUGUGAGAAGAUGUUUGACAAUGGAAACUUCCGCAGGAAGAGGAAGAGAAAAUCAGAUGCUUCCUCUAGCGCCGGCUCCUUGGUUUCAGAGAAAACAGAGAGCAGCCUCCUGGCAGGCAGUCCCAAGUCCACAGAGCCCCAGGACGUCUUAGACACGGCCUCGCCAGACACCACCAGCUCCCCAGAGAAGCGGUCCUCCCCUGCCCCGUCAGGCACCCCAUGUCUCAACAACUUCCUCUCCACAAUGACAGCCUAUGUGAGUGGGACAAACCCCAUGGGCCGCUCUGUGGCCACACCAGGACUGAACCCGGAGCCUGCUGACAAGAUGGGGCAGAACUCACUGGGUUUCAACUCAUACACCCCCCUCACCAACCUCAGUAGCCAUGGGAGUGGGGGUGAAUGGGCCAACCCGGUACCCACCAAUGCUCUAGGCUAUGGAGGCUCUGUCCUCAACCAGUUCAGCCCACAUUUCUACAAUAGCAUUAACACUAACAGUGUGCUCUUCCCCAGGGAAGGCACCGAAGUCUAG